UCUGUUUGUUAUAUCUACUGCCUCACCGUCGACAUGACACCUGUUACUCACGUGUUCUCAAUGUAAAAACAACAUGACAGGUGCACGCCGACCGCUAACGGUCAGAAGCAUGACUUCAGCGGCAUGUAGUUAGCUAGCUCAAUAGUAGCGGACAAACGUAAACAAACAGAAACCAGUUACGACGUUUGUGUUCUUUGUGCAGAUGUGGAGCAGAAUAUUGAACCCUGGUGUGAUUAGCAAAGCAAGUAUUUCUUUGAGGAGUCUCUUUACCAUGCGGCUGAAGACCAGCGAGUUCCAGUCACUGCUCUCUGAUGGGCUAAAUGGAUUAGCAGAGGUGUUUGAGAAGAACCAGCAUGAGCUGAGGAUAGCUGGAGGUGCUGUGCGAGACCUUCUGUCUGGAAAGCGGCCUGAAGAUGUGGACUUUGCCACCACAGCCACUCCAGAGGAGAUGAAGGGCAUGUUCCAGUCUGCUGGGAUUAGAAUGAUCAACAAUAAAGGAGAGAAGCACGGGACCAUUACUGCAAGACUACACAAUGAGAACUUUGAGGUGACCACGCUGAGAGUGGAUGUUCAGACAGAUGGACGUCAUGCAGAAGUAGAAUUCACCACUGACUGGCAGAAAGACGCUGAGCGGAGAGACCUCACCAUCAACUCCAUGUUUCUAGGUCUUGAUGGCACAUUAUAUGACUAUUUUAAGGGAUAUGAGGACCUGCAGAACAGGAAAGUGCGGUUUGUUGGCAGCGCAGAACAAAGGAUUCAAGAAGACUACCUGAGAAUACUGCGAUAUUUCAGGUUUUACGGCAGGGUGGCUUUGGAAGCUGACGACCACGAGCCAGAGACACUGACCGCCAUCAGGGAAAAUGGUCGCGGACUGGCAGCUAUAUCAGGAGAACGAAUUUGGAUGGAACUGAAGAAGAUGGUGGUUGGUAACCACGCUGGUCAUCUGUUGGAGCUGAUUUAUAAGCUGGACCUGGCCCAGUACAUAGGUUUACCUCCAGAUGGCGACGUUGAUGAGAUGAAGCGAGUGUGGCGGAACGCUAAAGACCACUCGCCAAAACCCAUGACCAUCCUGGCUGCUCUGUUCCACUGCCCAGAGGAGGUGGAAAAGAUGGACAUCAGGCUGAAGGUGUCCCGAGAGGAGAAGAAUCUGGCUCUGUUCCUGGUCAGAAACAGACGGGAGCUCUGCAAGAAUGUAGAUGAGCCGGACAGCCUGAAACCUUUCACUGACUUUAUUAUUGACAGUCGGGAGCUGGAUUCCCAGAGUAAAGUCUGCGAGCUGCUAAAGUAUCAAGGUGAGCACAAGCUGCUGUCAGAGCUGUGCCAGUGGUCCAUCCCGCGCUUCCCCAUCAGCGGUCACGACCUGAGGAAGAUGGGAGUCACGUCAGGCAAGGAGAUAGGCGCCACCUUACAGAAGCUCCGCGACAUCUGGAAGAAAAGUCGCUACCAGAUGGACAAAGAUGAACUCCUUACAUACGUAAAGCCUUAGAUGAGCAGAAAAGCAAAUGUGUUUCUGUGCUUCAGACAAAAAUACAACCUGGACAAAUGAUGCUGUCAUUGUUUGAGCAGUAUGAUGCUUAUUGUUAAUACACAAUAUAAAAAGUGAAUGGCUGCUGAUGAAUGUCAUUUCAGCCUAAAUUACCCUUGGGCCCCUUUUGUUCAUGUGCAUUGCUGUGGAAAUCUGAAUAGAUUACUUGGUGUGUCUCACAGCUGCCAUCAUAUGACAAAAUGUGUACUGGAAGCAUAUUUCACCGUAUGCAUAACCAGACAACUCUGUGAUUUAUGGAAAUGGUGAAAUUGCUGCUAUGCCAAGGCUCAGACAAAUGAAAUCUUAAGUUUUUUUUUUUUUCACGUUCACGCUUUAGACGGAUGUGAUGAACGAAGAUGAAACAUGUAAGCAGGAAUCUGUCAUUUAUAGUGGAUUCAAAUAUCAGACCUGUCACACUGGGUAAGUUUUCAUUAUUACAACAAUUAUGUACAUCAGUGAUAGUUUUUGUUUUCUGGGUUGCUGUUUUGCAUAACUGCAUUUGUGUUAUCUUAUUUCUUUGCUUUGUUUUCUUAACAAAAGACUCUAAGUUCUAUAUAAAAAAGGGGGAUACCUGUUUGGAUGGACUUCUUUGCAUGCUGUGUAGAAUACAAAGAAAAGCCUAUAUGUGUAAAAUCCCGACAUUUCUAUGGCUUUGCUACUGUGAGAAAUAAAUAUUUUCCAAGCUGGAGUGAGGUUGCUCCUCCCUCCUGCAGAGAUGAA